CGAUGACAGGUUGACGUCAUCGACAUUGACGCAGAGCACAGCAGCAGCAACAGCAACAGCAACAGCAGCAGCAGCAGCAUCCGAGCUAACAACAGCUGUGAUCCCCUCGCCUGCCGCCCUGCCCACCAAGACAUCAACACCUUUCCAAUCCAAGCAUCCUCCCCCGGAAAUUCACGAGAUAAAAGAUAAGAUGGCCACCUCCUCCUCCUCCUCCACUCUGGACGAAGACGAGAGUUUGAAGGGCUGUGAAAUUUUUGUGCAGAAGCACAACAUCCAGCAGAUCCUCAAAGAGUGCAUUGUGAACCUGUGCAUCGCUAAGCCCGAGCGUCCUAUGAAGUUCCUGCGGGAGCAUUUUGAAAAGCUGGAGAAGGAAGAAUGCAAACAGAUCAUGGCGAGGCAGAAGUCUAACAGCCAGUCGGACUCUCACGAUGACGAGGUCUCCCCCCCGCCGCCCAACCCGGUGGUCAAGGCCCGCCGACGCCGUGGAGGGGUGAGCGCCGAGGUCUACACCGAAGAGGAUGCCGUCAGUUACGUGCGCAAGGUGAUCCCAAAAGACUACAAGACCAUGACCGCCUUGGCCAAGGCAAUCUCCAAGAAUGUUCUGUUUGCUCACCUGGAUGACAAUGAGAGAAGCGACAUAUUCGACGCCAUGUUCCCCGUGACGCACAUCGCCGGGGAAACUGUGAUCCAGCAAGGCGACGAAGGGGACAACUUUUACGUCAUUGACCAGGGCGAAGUGGACGUGUACGUGAACGGGGAAUGGGUGACCAAUAUCGGAGAGGGCGGUAGUUUCGGAGAGCUGGCCCUCAUCUACGGGACUCCCCGAGCUGCCACCGUCAAAGCCAAGACUGAUCUUAAACUGUGGGGGAUUGACCGAGACAGCUACCGUCGCAUCCUAAUGGGCAGCACUCUGAGGAAGCGUAAGAUGUAUGAAGAGUUCCUCAGCAAGGUUUCCAUCCUUGAGUCUUUGGAUAAAUGGGAGCGUUUGACUGUGGCUGAUGCUCUGGAGCCUGUCCAGUUUGAGGAUGGGGAGAAGAUCGUGGUACAAGGAGAGCCCGGCGAUGACUUCUUCAUCAUCACAGAGGGAAUAGCCUCUGUUCUGCAGCGCAGGUCCGACAAUGAGGAGUAUGUGGAAGUGGGAAGACUCGGACCCUCUGACUACUUUGGUGAGAUCGCCCUGCUGCUGAACCGCCCUCGCGCAGCCACCGUGGUGGCCCGAGGCCCCCUCAAGUGCGUGAAGCUGGACCGGCCCCGCUUCGAGCGCGUGCUUGGUCCGUGCUCCGAGAUCCUCAAGCGAAACAUCCAGAGAUACAACAGCUUCAUUUCUCUUACCGUGUGAUACCCUUUCAACACACUCCCAACAUUUACAUUUAUCGGGGUUGCGGGGAUGCGGGUUUUACAUUUUCAAUGACAGGGUGCUCAUUUCCUGCUUUUUUUCUUGCCUCUGGAUUUUUUUUUGUUACUGAAUUGCUUUUUAUUUGCUCUCGUGCACUUUGACCUGUACUGCCGCGUAGCUUUAUGUAAAAACAAUAUGAAGGCCUGUCCAUUGUGUCUUCACAUGCAGUGCGGCGGCUUUGUAUGAUGCAUGUGUGUCCAUUGACGAUUUGCACUUUUCAUGCAUUUGAGACAGAUUUAUCAAGCCAGGACGAAAUAGGAAAAUGUUUGCGUGCGGCCGGAAUAUGUGAGUUCACUUUUAAUCGCUUGCUGCUAUUCUUUUUCUUUCAUUUUGGAUUUUUUGGGGAGCUGACGUUCAUGACAACUACAUUAUUUAAGUGUGAUGUUACUGUGCUCGGGUUUUAUGUACGUUUGGCCGGAAUAUUCUUUAAAAUGACCAACUAUAUUAAAAAACAAAAAAAACACAAUCACUUUAUACAUGGCGGAUGUAAAAAGUCUACACUCACCUGUUCAGUGCCUAGUUAUGUUUUUUCUUCUUUAUUGUAAUUGGUUGCCAAUGACGAUAGACGUCCAUUUAAUUUGACCUUGGGCAGCCCUCCCAGGUCUAAUGGAUUCAGGGACGAACUUGGGGAGGGGUGUGGUUGCUGUGGAUGGGGCCCGGUUUGCGUGUGUAAAGUGGGCGUGGUUUAUAGGCGAAGCAGGGCUUGAAAUAUAUACAUACAUACAUAUAUAUAUAUAUAUAUAUAUAUAUAUAUAUAUAUAUAUAUAUAUAUA